AGUCGGUUUGAUGCGCAGACAGCUGGGAGGCGUCUGCUCAUAAAUUGAAAGCGCUUUGCUUAAUUCGAAUUAGUUUUUCGCCUGCUUUGACAGAGUUCGGUGCGCUAUGAAACUGUUUGUGUGUCUCCUCGUGGUGGUCGCCACAUUGGCAACAGCUCAAGCUGGACUCCUUGGCCUCCUAGGCAAGGGCGGCGGCGGCUACGGUGGUGGCGGCUAUGGCGGUGGCUAUAGCGGCGGCUAUGGAGGCGGCUAUGGCGGCGGCUAUGGCGGCGGCUACGGCGGCGGCUAUGGCAGCGGCGGUGGCGUCCAGGUCAUCAAGGUGAUCAACAGUGGAGCUGGCGGCUACGGUGGCGGCUAUGGUGGCGGCUACGGUGGAGGCUACGGCGGUGGUUACUCCGGCGGCUAUGGUGGCGGAUACGGUGGCGGUUAUGGCGGCGGCUAUGGCGGUGGUCAUGGCGGUCUGGUCCAGGUCUACAAGGUCAUCACAACCACCGGCGGCGGCUACGGCGGUGGCUACGGCGGCGGUUAUGGUGGCGGCUAUGGCGGCGGUUAUGGCGGCGGCUAUGGCGGCGGCUAUGGUGGCUCCUCCGGCUGGUGGAAGAAGAAGUAAACGCCCGACUAACUGUAGAGUAAGGAGAACGUAAAAUAAAAACUGA